CCCUGGGCCCGAGGGGGCGUGAGUGAAACCAGAGAGCACUUUCGCGAGUCAAUUACACCGUCACGUUUUUCUGGUUUCAGGGUAGCUGAAGACCUAGAGAGUUUGAGGGUGGGUAGAGCAGGUGGCAGGACUCCGCCCACCACCACCACCACGCUUCCCCUCCUUCAGCUCGUACGCUUCACUCCCUUCGUGAGGUCCCGCCUCUCAGGCGCGCGCGAAGAGUUGUCGCGAGGUGCAUCCUGGGAAUUGUAGUCUCUACGCGGGGAGUCGCCUCAGGAGAAACGACUCUGGCCUACAUAACCCACAGUGCCUUGCGGCGCAGGCCGCUCCCGGAUGUGUGCCUGGCGCCGGAAGAGAAGACGGCCCCCCUCUCUCGGCCCGGCCAUCUUGUGGGAAGAGCUGAAGCAGGCGCUCUUGGCUCGGCGCGGCCCGCUGCAAUCCGUGGAGGAACGCGCCGCCGAGCCACCAUCAUGCCAGGGCACUUACAGGAAGGCUUCGGCUGCGUGGUCACCAACCGAUUCGACCAGUUAUUUGACGACGAAUCGGACCCUUUCGAGGUGUUAAAGGCAGCGGAGAACAAGAAAAAAGAAGCCGGCGGGGGCGGCGUUGGGGGCCCUGGGGCCAAGAGCGCAGCUCAGGCCGCGGCGCAGACCAACUCCAACGCGGCAGGCAAGCAGCUGCGCAAGGAGUCCCAGAAAGACCGCAAGAACCCGCUGCCCCCCAGCGUUGGCGUGGUUGACAAGAAAGAGGAGACGCAGCCGCCCGUGGCGCUUAAGAAAGAAGGAAUAAGACGAGUUGGAAGAAGACCUGAUCAACAACUUCAGGGUGAAGGGAAAAUAAUUGAUAGAAGACCAGAAAGGCGACCACCUCGUGAACGAAGAUUUGAAAAGCCACUUGAAGAAAAGGGUGAAGGGGGUGAAUUUUCAGUUGAUAGACCGAUUAUUGACCGACCUAUUCGAGGUCGUGGUGGUCUUGGAAGAGGUCGAGGGGGCCGUGGACGUGGAAUGGGCCGAGGAGAUGGAUUUGAUUCUCGUGGCAAACGUGAAUUUGAUAGGCAUAGUGGAAGUGAUAGAUCUUCUUUUUCACAUUACAGUGGCCUGAAGCACGAGGACAAACGUGGAGGUAGCGGAUCUCACAACUGGGGAACUGUCAAAGACGAAUUAACAGAGUCUCCCAAAUACAUUCAGAAACAAAUAUCUUAUAAUUACAGUGACUUGGAGCAAUCAAAUGUGACUGAGGAAACACCUGAAGGUGAAGAACAUCAUCCAGUGGCAGACACUGAAAAUAAGGAGAAUGAAGUUGAAGAGGUAAAAGAGGAGGGUCCAAAAGAGAUGACUUUGGAUGAGUGGAAGGCUAUUCAAAAUAAGGACCGGGCAAAAGUAGAAUUUAAUAUCCGAAAACCAAAUGAAGGUGCAGAUGGGCAGUGGAAGAAGGGAUUUGUUCUUCAUAAAUCAAAGAGUGAAGAGGCUCAUGCUGAAGAUUCGGUUAUGGACCAUCAUUUCCGGAAGCCAGCAAAUGAUAUAACGUCUCAGCUAGAGAUCAAUUUUGGAGACCUUGGCCGCCCAGGACGUGGUGGCAGGGGAGGACGAGGUGGACGUGGGCGUGGUGGACGCCCAAACCGUGGCAGCAGGACCGACAAGUCAAGUGCUUCUGCUCCUGAUGUGGAUGACCCAGAGGCAUUCCCAGCUCUGGCUUAACUGGAUGCCAUAAGACAACCCUGGUUCCUUUGUGAACCCUUCUGUUCAAAGCUUUUGCAUGCUUAAGGAUUCCAAACGACUAAGAAAUUUAAAAAAAAGAGAGACUGUCAUUCAUACCAUUCACACCUAAAGACUGAAUUUUAUCUGUUUUAAAAAUGAACUUCUCUCGCUACACAGAAGUAACAAAUAUGGUAGUCAGUUUUGUAUUUAGAAAUGUAUUGGUAGCAGGGAUGUUUUCAUAAUUUUCAGAGAUUAUGCAUUCUUCAUGAAUACUUUUGUAUUGCUGCUUGCAAAUAUGCAUUUCCAAACUUGAAAUAUAGGUGUGAACAGUGUGUACCAGUUUAAAGCUUUCACUUCAUUUGUGUUUUUUAAUUAAGGAUUUAGAAGUUCCCCCAAUACAAACUGGUUUUAAAUAUUGGACAUAUUGGUUUUAAUACCUGCUUUGCAUUUUCACACAUGGUCAACUGGGACAUGUUAAACUUUGAUUUGUCAAAUUUUAUGCUGUGUGGAAUACUAACUAUAUGUAUUUUAACUUAGUUUUAAUAUUUUCAUUUUUGGGGAAAAGUCUUUUUUCACUUCUCAUAAUAGCUGUUAUAUAUAUAUGCUAAAUCUUUAUAUACAGAAAUAUCAGUACUUGAACAAAUUCAAAGCACAUUGGUUUAUUAACCCUUGCUCCUUGCACGGUUCAUUAGGUUCAAAUUAUAACUGAAUUACAUUUUCAACUAUAUUUACUUUUAAAUGCGUGACUUUCCCAUUUUAAAAUCUAAACUAGACAUCUUAUUGGUGAAAGUUAUUUAAACUACUUGUUGGUAGACACAUCCUGUCGAGUGAAGUAGUUUUAUAGGUAUGGGUUUUCCCCCCGCUCCACCAGGGUGGGUGGAAUAAGUUGAUUUGGCCAAUGUGUAAUAGUUAAACUCUUCUGUAAAAUAAGUGUCUGGCCAUUUGAUAUGAUUUCUGUGUGUGAAAGGUCCCCAGAUCAAAAUGGUACAUCCAUAAUCAGCAACCAUUUAUCUUUCCUUGUUCUAAAACAAACCAAAGGGCACUGGUGGUAGGGUGAGGUGGGGAAGUAUUUUAAUUUUUGGAAUUUGGGAAGCAGACCACUUUACUUUAUAAGGUUCGACAGCAGCAGCAUCCAUCAUAUAUAGACCAAAAUUCUUUGAUGUUUCUAAAUUUCCUAAAUUGCCAUUAUUUAGUCCUAAGUUGAGUAUUUGUUCCGCAAAAAGUGGUAAUUACCUUUUCCCUCUACCUCCAUUAGAAAAUUAAAUUAUACUGGAUUCCUUUAAUGGGAACAUCACCACUUAUUAAAACAUACAUGGAGAGUGAUGAAUUAAAAAAGUUUUCUAGGAUUGUCUUUUAUUCUGCCACAUUUACUGAAAUUUUUUUUUAAGUUGUAAGAAUUGUCACUUCAUUUUUAGAAAUGUUGUACCUGUAUGUGGUAAUGUCCAGUUGUUAAAAUAGUGGACCUCUUCAAUCUUAAACAUUUCUGUUUAGCUGAUUGGUUCUCACUUAUACUUCUAAAAGAGAAAUUGUACAUUACGAGAGUUACUCAUUUGGAUUAAAUUUCUUAAUCUCAGUUACCUACUAUUCUGACAUUUUAGGAAGGAGGUAACUUUUUAAUGAUGGAUAAAUUUGUGCUGGUGUUUUGGAUCUUAUGAUGCUGAACAUGUUCUGCACUGGUGCUAAUGUCUAAUAUAAUUUUAUAUUUACAAACGUACCUGCUACCCAGAGAUUAAUUUAGUCCAUGUUGACUGUUGACCCCUCUUGAGACUGCAACAUACGCACUCCUGAAUCAGUAUGUUGAGACUUUUCAAGUAUCUAACUCAUUUCUGAACAUGUACCAUGUUUAUAAACAUCUUGAUUUCCAGCAACAUACUAUAGAAAACACCUGCUAUUAAAAACACUUCACAACUUCUACUCAGUGUCACCCAUUGCUGUUGUGAGAGACAACACAGCAAUAUCUGGUAUGUUGCAAGCUUUCAAGAUAGCCUGAACUUAAAAAGUUGGUCCAUUAGUUGUAUCUGAUGGAUAUAAAUUUGCCUCCUAGUUGACUUUGUGUCAAGAGCUAAAACUGUGAACCUAACUUUCUCUUACUGGUGGGUAAUAACUGAAAAUAAAGAUUUAUUUUCAUGCUCA